GCGGGUCCCGCGCCCCGCAGCCCCGCCGCGCUGCCCCUGCCCCUGCCCGUCUGAUGCUCGCCCGGCGCCCGCGGCAGCAUGGCCCGCCGGAAGAUCUCCUCCGAGUCCUUCAGCUCGCUGGGCUCGGACUAUCUGGAGACCAGCCCGGAGGAGGAGGGCGAAUGCCCCCUGUCCAGGCUCUGCUGGAACGGCAGCCGCAGCCCGCCCGGCCCGCAGGACCCGCUCGCCGCCGCCGCCGCCAGGAGGGCUCCGCGCAGGAGACGGGUCAACCUGGACUCGCUCGGGGAGAGCAUCAGCCGCCUGACGGCUCCCACACCUCAGACCAUACGGCAGACUCUCCAAAGGACACUGCGGUAUUAUGAGCAUCAAGUUAUUGGUUACAGGGAUGCAGAAAAGAACUUUCACAAUAUAUCGAACAGAUGCUCCUAUACAGACUGCUCUGGCAAUGAUGAAGCUGAAGAUGUCUCAGGAAUUCUCCAGUGUACAGCUAAUAUACUCGGUUUGAAGUUUGAGGAGAUGCAAGAAAAAUUUGGGGAGGAAUUCUUCAAUAUCUGCUUUGAUGAGAAUGAAAGAGUUCUUCGCGCUGUAGGUGGCACGCUGCAGGACUUCUUCAAUGGCUUUGAUGCUUUGCUGGAGCACAUUAGAACUUCAUUUGGAAGACAGGUCACUCUGGAAUCCCCUUCUUUCCUAUGCAAAGAGCUCCCCGAAGGCAACCUCAUGCUCCACUACUUUCACCCUCAUCAUAUUGUUGGAUUUGCAAUGAUGGGAAUGAUAAAGGCGGCAGCAAAGAAGAUCUACCGUUUGGAAGUGGAUGUGGAACAAGUCACGAAUGAUAAACUGUACGCGGAGGGGUCGAACCCAGGUAAUUGCAGCUGUCUUACUUUUAUUAUCAAAGAACGUGAAAAUGCAAAUAUCACAAAAGCACUUCCACUCGGAUCAUCUCAGUCUCCCUCAGACCUGAGGAUAAGCAUCAGCACCUUCUGCAGAGCUUUUCCCUUCCAUCUGAUGUUUGAUCCAAACAUGCUGGUGCUCCAGCUUGGGGAAGGCCUUAGGAAGCAGCUCAAAUGUGACACUCACAAAACGUUGAAAUUCCAGGACUGCUUUGAGAUAGUUUCCCCGAAGGUCAGUCCCACAUUUGAACGAGUCCUCCUGAGAUUAUCAACACCAUUUGUGAUUCGGACCAAACUUGAGGCUUCCGGCUCUGAAAAUAAAGAUAAGGUGAUGGAAGUCAAAGGACAAAUGAUCCAUGUACCCGAGUCAAAUUCUAUUUUGUUUUUGGGUUCCCCUUGUGUGGACAAGCUGGAUGAACUGAUGGGCCGAGGCCUACAUCUUUCUGACAUACCUAUCCACGAUGCCACCCGUGAUGUCAUAUUGGUUGGGGAGCAGGCAAAGGCCCAAGAUGGCUUGAAGAAACGAAUGGAUAAACUGAAGGCAACAUUAGAGCGAACACACCAAGCUCUGGAAGAGGAGAAAAAGAAGACAGUAGAUCUUCUUAUUUCCAUUUUCCCAGAAGAGGUGGCUCAACGGUUGUGGCAGGGGCAGCAAGUUCAGGCCAGGAAGUUUGAUGAUGUCACAAUGCUCUUCUCAGACAUUGUUGGCUUCACAGCUGUGUGCGCCCAGUGCACCCCCAUGCAGGUGAUCAGCAUGCUGAAUGAGCUGUACACUCGAUUUGACCAUCAGUGUGGAUUCCUGGAUAUCUAUAAGGUGGAAACAAUAGGUGAUGCGUACUGUGUUGCAGCAGGGCUCCAUAGGAAGAGCCUUAGUCAUGCGAAACCCAUUGCUUUGAUGGCUCUGAAGAUGAUGGAACUUUCAGAAGAGGUACUUACACCAGACGGGAGACCUAUUAAGGAUCUGAUUGUACUCUUACUGAAAUCAAUGGCAGACCUUCCACUCACAUCAGUGAGAGAUGAAUUGUGCUCUUUGUUCUUGUCCAUGAUGAGGAUAGGAAUUCAUUCAGGAUCAGUUCUGGCUGGAGUUGUUGGUGUGAGAAUGCCACGUUAUUGUCUCUUUGGAAACAACGUCACUCUGGCAAGCAAGUUUGAGUCAGGAAGUCAUCCACGUCGCAUCAAUGUCAGUCCAACCACAUACCAGCUUUUGAAAAAGGAAGAAAACUUUACUUUUAUCCCUCGGUCCCGUGAAGAGCUUCCAGACAACUUUCCAAAGGAAAUCCCUGGGAUCUGUUACUUCCUGGAGGUCACAAGUGGUCAGAAGCAGCUAAAGCCCUCCAUUACAUCUGCCAGAGUGAGAAAGGUUUCCUACAACAUUGGCACCAUGUUCCUUCGGGAGACAAGCCUAUGAGGCCUGCUGCAGAUCAAAGACUAGUCAAAAAAGCACAAGCCCAGAACUGGGUCAUGAGAGGAAAGUUGGAUAUUCUUUUUAUUUCACUGCCUUGUCAUGGACAAGCAGUAAAAGCUCUAUCUAAUGUCAGGCAAUAAUUAUUUUAAAAGGUGGGUGACUGCUCUCAGUAAACAAACUGGAAAAUGAAACAAAAUACUUCUAUUUCCAGAGGAAUUAUUGGUUGUCAAUUUCAAUUCGGCCCCUUUAAAAAGCAAACAAACAAACAAAUCUUUGGGGUUGAUUUUUGUUUGAACAAAAGUGGGUGAUGGUUGUCUGUAGAUUUGCACCAGCUAAGCAGAAUUGAGCAUCAGUUCUGAUUAUGCAUUCCUACAUUAAUGUGUCAUUCACCAAGGUAACAAUGUUUUUUAACUUUCUGAACAAACAUUUCAUACAUAUACUGUAGAGUGCUGUAACCUUCCUGGCAGGAGGAAUAUAUAAUUCAGUACAAUAUUGUAGGGAUUUUACCUAUUUUUAUACAUAUUUCACUUUCUGGACAAUUACAUUCCAUAUACUGUAAAAUGAGUGAGCUUUUCAGAAUAAGCUACUGUAUAUUUCAGAUAUUCUCGCUAUCUAUCAAAGCUUCUUAUUAUACAAGUGGCAAGACUUUUGACUUUUUGGCAACAAAAACAUCAAUAUUUUGCAGAAGAAAAAUACAUUGAUAAGUCUCUUUACGUGGCUUUUAUGGUUUAAAUUAACAUUGUCUCGCAUAUAUAAUGUUCAUACGUUCAGUAUUUGUCCUACUAGUAACAUGUGUCCAGUCUCUCCAGAACAGUGCAAACAAAGGCUUAAAGGUCAAUGUCUUGAUGGGUAAAAAAAAGUUCCAUUGCACACCAUGGGCCAUAUCUCAUACCAUUGAUUUUAUGUAGAAGUCCUUACGAUGGAUGAUACAGCCUAUUGAAAGCAGCAUCCAGCAGAUAUGCGAAGCACUUUGGGAGGGAUUUUCAAAGCAGCUCAAUCACAGGAAUGACAGGUUCCAUUGAUUUUUAGUGGGAUUUGUUCUCUUAAAUCGCUUUGGAGUUUUUGAAAAUCACAUCCAUUAUUAGCAAUAUUAUGCUGGAAGUUUCAUCUACUGCUGGCUUGGCUGAAAUGUUGCUGCUUUUUCUAGUGCAGAAUAGAG